GGGCCAUUCGACGAGGACAUUGCCUGCCCAAGGGACCAUGUUGUGUGAACUUGGGUGACUCCUGGGCGGAUGCUGCCAGGCAAUUCUCGAGGGGCGAAAAGACUGCGCUGCAAGCUCUGCAACAAGGAGUACAAAGGGAACAGGCAGCGUGCAGCAGAGCACUUCAUCUUGGCGAGGGCGUCGGCCAGAUGUCCGGGUGCGAACCUCUCCAUUUGGAAGAGGCUGCACCGCAUCGGUGCGAAGCUUCCACCGGAUCUGCUGGAGAGGGUGCGGAUGGCGUUGGAGCACGAAAGGGACGACGACGAUGACGACAUUCCUGACGCGUCAGAUGCUGGAGAGGAGGGGGGAGGUGGGAUUCCUGAUCAGCUAGAGGAAGAAUGUGGUGCGGAGGGUGAGGAGGGAUUGGAUGAGGGGACGAGGGGAGUUAUGACUGGAGGAUCCGCCGGUCGAGGGAGGCCUGCGUCCUUGCAGGCUGUGAUGCACGGGGCCCGCGCACGCAGAACGGGGAGGCAGACGAGCAUCAAGAGGUAUGUGAAGAACCCAAGGCAGGAGGAGAUAGAUGACUCCUGCUGCGAGUUCUUCGUGGAGAACGCGAUCCCGUUCAACGCCGCGAAGAGCAAGAGCUUCAAUAAGUUCACGCGGGCGUGUUAUGGGCCACAACCUGCAGCGAGUCAUCCUCUUGUGCCUAAUGGGUACAACCCCCUCAGGUGUCGGCUCCUGGAUUGCCUGAACAAGAGGUUGGAGGAAGAGGAGCAAGUGAUCCGGGACGACUGGGAGGUGACAGGCUGCACGUUCAUAACCGAUGGGACCACGGACAUCUGUGGUCGAUCGCUUAUGAACUACAUCCUCGCAGGCCGUUCGAAGCCUGUUUUCAUCAAGUGCGAGGAUCGGCUGGAGGUAUGCGAGAAGGCGAUCAUACGCAUUGUCACCGGGCAGGAGCGGGAGGCGCAGGUCUGGCGAGGGGACAUCAGGGCCAAGGCCUUCUUCGUGGAGGAAACAAUUCUUGACAGGGUCUUCUGGACCGAUGUCAGGAAGCUGACUGUCGUCAUGAAGGAGCCCUAUAAUGUGUUGCGAGAGGUGGACAAAGAUGUCCACUGCUUGUCACGCAUCUACGAUAUGGCAUGUCGGCUGCCCGGCUUCAGUGACAUGGCGAAUGUCACCGAGGCCGUUGACGACCACGAGCCUGCUAUCGGGGGCGCCGGUUCUGCGGUGGGUGGCACCACUGUUUGCCACGACCGAGCCGGCCCAUCGACAUCGAGGUCCGUGCAGAGAUUGGGGCAUGCAGAGGAGGUCAACGAGGAGGAGGAGGACGAGGACGAGGACGCCGAGGAUGAGGACGAGGAGGAGGAGGGAGAGGAGGAGCACAUUCCAGGUGAGGAGUGGGUGGACGAGAGGUCGGACUCCGACAGGUCUUGGACGAGGAGAGAGGACGCCCCGGUGAUUCCAGGGACGCGAUGUAGAUUGCGAUCCCAAACUCAGCCUCAUGGAGAGGAGCGCCAGCCGGACGAGCAGCAGAGGUUGGAGCAGCAGCAGCAAGAGGAGGAGGAGGAGGAGGAGGAGGAGGAAUUUCGACUAAAUUCAAUUAAUUCACGACUGAAUUAAUCUCUUUAUUCGAAAUUAAUUAUCUUUUUUUCUGAAAUGUUGACAUUUUCCUUUGAAAAAUUCUUGCCAAAUAUUUUAAAAUUUUCCUCUUCCUAAUUCUUUUCAGAAUUUAUUUAUUUUUCCCCCCAUAAUUCGAAAAUAUUUUCUAUCGAAAUUUCACGUUUUCUUGUAAAUAAAUUUAAAUCUACAUCAUAAUUUGUUUUUUCAAAAUUAAUUAACUCUUUCUGUUCAGCGUUUAUUUUUGAAAAAACUUGGGGAUUAUAUUUAUUUUUGAAUUUAUUAAUAAAUAAAUAAGGGAUUC